GUGGACACCGCGGCCAUCGCCAAGUACCACGGCGAUGGCGGCUCCUCAGUGGUCCGCUCCGGCCCGCGCGCCAACGACCUCCACCAGAGGAAGUUGGACGUGCCGGUUUUCUCGGUUGGUUCGGUCGUGGACUCGUGCGCUGGCGACUGCAACUCGUUUGAGGAUCUCAGGAUCAUCGCCACAUGCUACGGCUACUCCGACGACGACUCCACUGCGUCGGAUGGGACCCCGCCGAUGGCCGACUUCAGCAGCGAGCGCGCCGAUUCCAGCGACAUCGAGAGCGCCGACCCCCUUCAGAUGCUCGCUGACCGCGCGGGUGCCGAUAGCUGCGCCGUUCAG